GAUCGAUCAAUGAUGUGUCAUCAGUGAGGAAGUGGCAGCAUUCGGAAGCGAUAUUUAUCUCACUUAGUCCACUGAAUUCCCCUUGAAUUCUGACUUAAUUUGCGUCUACCCGAUGGAUUUUAGUGAAACUUCAGGAUGACAUCACUUGACCCUAAAACUCCUUUGGAUGCCUUGGAGCUGAGCUACAUCAGCGAGCAGCUCGGUCCUUACGAUUGGAGAAAACUCGGUCUCUACCUUGGCAUCACAGAAGCUCGACUAUCCAACUGGGAGAUGCAGUACAUGAGGAACAUAGAACAGGCCGCCAGUCAGAUGUUGUACACAUGGCAUAAUAACCAGCAUCCAUCACAGGAACGUGGGUUGCUGAUAGAGGCGCUGAAUAAGACUAAGCUCAGGUGCCUUGCUGAGAAAGUCAGAACGGGUGAAUGUCGGCGCUCUGUUCCCCAGGGCAUGAGACCGAUACCUCCAGAGCCGAUGAACCACCACCAACAGCAGCCCAACUACCCUCCUGCGCAGGCCUAUGAACCCCUGGCUAACGUUCCCCCAGCCCAGCCCCAGCCCUACAAUGCCCCAAUGCCACGAGCCCCCCAUCAGAUGAGCCACGAAAUCACUGAAAUCAAGUUACGGGACCUCUCUCACAAGCUUGGUGCGGAAUGGAGAAUGGUGGGAACUUUCCUCGGCUUUAACAACUCGGAAAUUCAAGUUAUGCAAGAACAGCAUCCAGUAGUAAAGGAAUGUAUAUUCCAGAUGUUACUUCAAUGGCGAAACGUAAAGGGCGUCGAGGCUACCAAGGAGAAAUUAAAGAAGGUACUGAAGCGAUCGCAACGUGAAGAUAUAGUAGAUUUUGUUGAUGAGCCCGAUGAUUGAUUCAUACUUUACUGAAACAUUGACCAUGAGAACACUUCAAACCCUGCAAUAUGAUAUUGAUAAUAUCGUUAUCUGUUAUCUUACGGAAAGCUGCUGAUCUGUACAUCAAAGCCUUUAGGAACGAAGGAAGGUCCGCAAGUUGCGAUGGGACGAUCGCACGAAAGGGCUUAUGCAAGAACCGUCUUUCCAUUUAUUAUGAUGCACCAUGUGAAACGCAUUUUUAAAAAAGGACCGAGAGAUCUACCUGCAAUCAUAUUUCAUUCGUCCGUUAAAGUAAACAAAAUCUUUGUUUAUAAAAAGAUGGGAUAUCUCAUGAAAUUGUAUGAAAAUUGAUUUAAUAGCUAGCUAAUGAAUUUUAUUUGUUUAUCAUGAAUUUCAGAAAUAUCCUGCAUACAGUGCAUCAUAAAACAUGGGCAACACGAAAGACAGUCCUUGGAAAGACCCUUUCGUGCAUUCGGCCACUGUAUAUUACAUUAUGACUGGGCGGUAUGACAACAGGGAUUUUUUUGCUCUGCGACAGACGGAGGGAGGGUUCAAGAACAUAGAAAAUGUAUUGAGAAUGACCGUCAAAUGACAAAGAACAGCUGGGAGGUCUUUGUAGAAAAUGGAUGAAUCAAAACAAAAGUUUUGUCUUUGACUCGGGACAAACGGCAAAUUUGCAAUUUUUUGUCAGCUCCGAAAUUUCAUCAAUUUUCGUCCAAGACCUCCCAUCAGUUUUAUACUGUGUUGAACGAUCCGGAGUCCAGACUAAUUUGGUUUCCCAUUGGAACAUUAUUAUGCCAAGAAGAGGCCUGCGGGUCACAGUGAUUGACUUCACUUUUCGCCUCCCAGGUACAGGUGACGCCAAUGUUUUAAAGGACCCCUAGAGAUAACCAGCUCAUUUAACAAAAUUGAUUUUCUUGUCUCAAAUGGUUGGUCUCUUUAGACAGGUUUUUUACUGUAUCAUGGCACAGAUAUUUUAUUUAAUAGACGAUCCUCUAUUAUGACAGUGGUGUAUGAUAUUAUUAUAAUGACUUUAUUUCUUUAAAUACAUUACGAGAAUUCAGCCAAAAAUUGGCUGAAUCGAGUCACGUGAAAGCCGUUCCACGGGCAAACUCCAUUUUUGUUUCUACCGCAGCUACUGCCAAAAAAUGUUUGCUUGAUUGGGAAAAUUAAAGGCUUUUAUCUCUUAGCCUCCCUUUAACA